UUUGUUUGGAUGUAAGCUGCCUGAAACAAAUAAGCAGGCUGGAUGUUAAUCUCACAGAAUAUGCAAAGCUGCACACCAUAGAGGUUGGGUUAAGAGACAGAGGGGAUAGAGAGACUGUCUCUUCACGGAGUUAUAGUAACCGUAACUGCUCUGAUGCGACUGCCGGUGAGUCCAUUAUAACAUGGUUGACCAGAGAAGGAGUGGGCAGAUGGAGGACUGUCCAUGAUCACCGCCCGGACUGACUCGUGGAUCCAUUAAGUGAAUAUCUGGAUGCUUUGGAAAUCGGCCGAAUCAUCUGUCAGGAGCCUGAUAAUAGUCGAAACAACAACUAAUAUUACAGGGCAAGGCAAAGUUUUGUGUUUUUUCUAAGGUGGGUUAAUCUCACCUGUUGGAGCUGUGUAUCACUGUCAUCAGUCCGGUGAAGCCAUGGCCAGUGCUCCAAAAGGAUGUGGUCCCACUAUCAGCUCCAUAUAUUACAACCUGUGUGACCUGACUACAGUGUGGGGGGUCGUGGUGGAGGCCGUUGCUGCUGCCGGUGUGGUAACUUCCUUUCUCCUGUUCAUCAUUCUCAUGGCCUCGCUGCCAUUUGUAACAGACAAGAAGAGAAAAGGUAUGGUGGCCCUGCAGGCGGGCAUUCUGAUCUUUACUCUGGGACUCUUUGGACUUUCUUUUGCCUUCAUUGUGGGCCGGUACUCCACUAGCUGUGCAGCACGGAGGUUCCUCUUUGGAGUACUGUUUGCAGGCUGUCUAGCCUGCCUAGCAAUGCAUGGGUUGUGGCUCGCUCUGCUGCAGCGGCGAGGCCGGGGGCCCAGGAGCUGGAUGUUAUGCCUGGGAGCCAUGGGUCUGUGGCUGGUUGAGGUGAUCAUCAACACAGAGUGGCUUAUCAUCACUAUGGUCGGGAGCCCACCCAGAGAUGUCAUUAUCCCUGACCUGUCCUGCAACAUUGCUAACCUGGACUUUGUGAUGUCUCUGAUCUAUGUGAUGGUCCUGUUGCUAGCUGUGGUGCUGAUGCCUGUGCCCUCACUGACACACAAGCACAAGCAGUGGCGCCGAGAUGGAGCUUUCAUCCUGGUCACAGGGCUCCUCACCUUGGCUAUCUGGGUAGCUUGGGUUGUCAUGUACAUAUAUGGGAACAGAGCGGCUGGGAAUGACACCUGGGACGACCCUACUCUGGCUGUAGCUGUGGUGUCAAACGCCUGGGUAUUCCUAUGCCUCUACACCAUCCCAGAGAUCUGCUUACUGACCCAGAAGGACCCAGAUCAGGAAGAGCCACAUGAUGGAGAUGUUUAUCCCGCCAGGAGCAUGGUAUAUGACAACAUCCUGAAGGAGCUGGAGCCACCCCACCAGAACGUGUACAUGGAGAAUAAGGCCUUUUCUAUGGAUGAGCCUCCAGCAGUACCCACAAAGCCAGUGUCUCCAUAUGGUGCUUACAAUGGUCAGCUACGCAGUUGUGUGUACCAGCCCACUGAAAUAGCCCUGAUUGCCAAGGGUCUGACUAAGAUGGACCCAGGCACGCUGUUCCCUCGAGCCAGAACCCCGUCUUUGAAUCCAGGAAGCAGCAGCUCCCUGUCUCGUUCAAUCGACUCCUUACCUUCUUAAGGACUGUCACAUACAGGCAGCGCGAGUCAAGAGUCACCACUCAACGCUCAGUUGUUAGAGCUAUGAAAAAAAAAUCCACCAGCGGUUUGUCCUAGUAUCAAAUGUAACAUGUCCCCCUUUCUCUUCCUCAGGAAGAUGCUUUAAAUAAUAACAGUGUUUAAACUACAGCAAUAGGCGGUAAUGUGACCUAGCUCCUCUCACACACUUCUUAUACUUUAUUUCUUCUAAUGUUCGUGCAUUGUUUGUCUGUUUUGUAUGCACAAGGGCUGAGUGACACGAAUCAAAGGUUGUAAAGACACUGACAAUAUAGGAGAUGGACAUCUUAUGAAGGCAAAUGUAUAAACCGCUCAAAAGUUAGGACUCGCCUGCCACAAAAACUUCAUUCGGUAGUCAGAUGGCUGAGAGCGCUACUCUGUUUUUGAAUGGUCUUUCACGCUUUUAAAUGGUUUAAUAAGAAUUUAGGGUCACUUGUGAUUUUCAAAAUUGAAGGGUAUUUGGGGGGAAAAUGGUUGCAGCAGUAUUCUCCCUUGAUGCAACACUGUGAGGGCAACUCCUAAAUAGAAGUUUGAAUCAUUUAUUCUCAUUUGAGGCUAACACUAUUUCAGAUGUAAAUGACACAUCUGGUGUCUGAAUAGCCUACUGUUUGUACUGUUAAAAAAGCCAGUAUUGAAGAAUAAAAACAUCAAUAUAACAGGUGACCCCAAACUUAUGAGUGGUAGUUUAUGGCCAAAAUGAUUUUCAUAUGGAAAGUUUGCGCCUCAGCUCCUCUAUUUCAUUCCUAUCCUCACUUAAUGGAAAAUAGUGCCCUAUCCGUUUUUUUACUGUCAGCUAUAAACCAGCUUUACUUUACUGUAACUUCAUUCAUUGGACAAAAGAAAAGUAAAUAACCUGAGAUAAAGAGUGGCAUUUAUGUAUCCCUAUGGGGAAGCAUCUACUUUACAUUCUAGCUAAGAGCAAGACCAAAAACUGUUCUGUCUCUACAAAUCUAAAUCCCAAAGUGGAACACUGUGUAACAUUUCCAGGUGACAACUGAUUUUCUGUAGGUGGAGAAACAGUAGACAGGAAUUAGGUGCAGAGUUUAAAGGUCUAUAAUGUAACUGUUACAAGUUUUUAUUCACAAACAUUGAAAAUGUGUGUUCUCACUGAUGUUUUUCUUGUCAUAAAACUGCUGAUUUGUUUCUGUUGUUAAACAUACUCCGUUCACUUGUGAAAUAAUGCUGUGGCAGACUUCCUCUGAAAGCCAUAUGAUUUUGUAGUGUCCUGGAUUUAUAAAAAUUCAACUGUAUGUAAAAGGUAUAAAAAAAUGUAACUUAUUAAACAUAUACAUGUUACUUAAA